AAUGCCCGUGCUCCAGACAGCCUUGGCCCAGAAGAACAUGGUCUAGACCAGAGUACCAACUAGAACAAUUUCUCAUUUCGCACUAUCAGCUGUACCACCAUGAGUUCAAACCCUGCACAUAAGCCUGUAUUUCUGGUAUUUCCUCCAGAUAUCGUUAUCCCAGAAUACCAGUCAUCGGAGCUCACAGAGACAUCCCAUGAGACAAAAGUUCACUACCCAAAAUUACUUGCUACAAAACUGAAAGUCUUAGGGAGCAUCCAGAUCCUCCUUGGAGUACUGAACUUCUCUUUUGGAGUUAUUUUCCGGUUUACUCUUGAAGACCCGUAUCCAAGGUUUCCCUUUAUAUUUAUUUCUGGCUAUCUAUUCUGGGGCUCCAUUUUGUUCAUUAAUUCUGGAGCCUUCCUAGUUGCUCUGGAAAGAAGAACCACAGAAACUAUGGUGAGACUGAAUCGCUUGAUGAACUUUCUCAGUGUCCUGGCAGCGAUCGCUGGCAUCGUUCUCCUCACAUUUGGCUUCAUCACUGAUGAGAAGUAUCUGUGUGGCUACUCCAAGGACAGCCCCCCAUGUGGAGCUGUUACCUCCCUAUUCCUUGGAAUUUUGACUUUGUUGGCAGCCAUCACCAUCAUUGAACUGUUUGUUUCUGUGACCGCCUCAUUUCUCAAUACCCCAUUCACCUGUUUAAAUUGUGAGGAAUGAUGUGGAAUAGCGCCGUGAGAGUAAAGAUAUGUUAUGUAUGAUGUUCUUGAAAGAUGAAAUAUGCCAGUGAAGAAAGGUCAGAAGGAAGACAGAACCAUAAGGCUGGCAACUCUGGAGCAGGGGCGUGAACUGAGCGGAGAUUCAAGGAAGAGUUUGGGGACAUUAUGGCUCAUUGCACACAUGCUGCCUCUUUGCAAUGUCAUCUCCUCCUCCCCAGAUCACACCGUCACCUUGGUGUCCCCUCCUCUGUAACUCAUGCAGUCCUGGAGCUAAAGGACGAUGAUGCCGUGUGGUCAGUUACAAAUAGAGGAAUAAACCAAACUGCAAGGUGAGGAAAAUCAGGACCCGACAUCUCCUCAUGUCUCCACAAGACUCCACCUGAUGCCUCCUACCUCACGGUUGUGUGGAAAGAUGAGGUGGUUUCAAGACUGAGUUGGCUCCCAGAUCUUACAAGAUCCUCAGUGUUAAGAGUCACUUCCAACCAUGAGUAUAGUUGCAACAAUAAAGGCAGACACUGGUGCAGAGCCACUACUACAGUGGUCCAGGAA